ACCUACAUAGGUAACAAAAGUAACAAAGAAUAAAUUAUAUAAACGAUUUCUAAAGAUAAUACAUAUCUAUUGGAGGACAGGUCAUAGUUGCUAAUAUGUAUUCAACCAAUCGGAAAUAAAAGAGGUGUGGUAUAAAAGUAUAUAAGACUGAUAUAUCAGUUUGCUUUUCAUCACGCUUUACAAGACACAAACUUAUCAAUCAUGAACGGAAGGCAGCGAGUCGUCAUUGAAAGAAGUCUUCGCAUUGGAGUGUUGGGAGCAAAGGAAGUCGGGAAAACAUCAAUGAUCACCCGUUUACUGAAGAGAAGAUUUCCAGACAAAUUCAGUCCAACGAUUGAAACAUUGUUCCGAUACGACAUCCAAACCUCUGAAAACAAAUUCACCAAACUGGAGAUUCUGGAUACGGCGGGUAACCUCGAGUUUCCGGACAUGUUGAGAAAAGCUGUCAGAUCUUGUCAUGCUUUUGUUUUGGUUUUUGACUUGAGCGACCCCGUGCGGACAUUUCGGGAAGUCGAAACAUUGAGACAAUUAAUUCAUGAAGAGAGAAGUGGAGAAUCUGUCCCUUUAAUUGUCAUCGGUAACAAGUCUGAUUCAGUCGUCAUGGAAGACGUUGUAGAGAACACAAUUAUUGAUGCCAUUGUAUCAAUAGACUGGGGCUGUACCUAUCUUACAACAUCCGCAAAAUGUGACACCAAUAUUUCAGACGUUUAUAAGGCUGUUUGCAAAGAACUUGAUAUUAAGUCUUUACAAGAUAUAGGUGUGGUUCAGCGCAGUAAAGAUGCUACUCAAAAGAUUGUUAAAACCAAACGUGUUUCUUUACUGAAAAGAAAACUUUCAGUAAAAUCAUUCUAAUCAUAAUAAAAUUAUUUUUGAUUUAGAAUAUAGUGUUUUGUUUUAUUGUUGACUAAGUUGGUUUUUCUUUGCGAAAUUACAACGCGAUGAGGAUAAAAAAAAAUUGCAGAAAUUUGAGACAAUUUAAUUAAAAUACGAUUUAUUUGGUGAUUCGUGCAAAAUAAGACGGUCGCAGCAUUGCAGAAAAAAAAAUACGAUGCGCGAUAUUUUUGUGCAAUGAUUGUUACCUUCAAAGACAUGAAUCAUCAAAGAAAGCACUUUAUUUUUUAUAUAUACAUCCUUCUUUUAACAAAUAUAAUGAAUCGAUCAUAAAGAGUAAGUUAAAUUGACAAAAUUAUUAUAAAUAUCUAUCAAUAAGUUAAUUCUUAUAUGGGAAUUUAAGUCUAACAUUAUCAUGAUUAUUUCGUGCAGCCUGUGAGAUGAUAUGGCAUGCCUAAUAAAGAGUAUGUUAAAAUUUCAAGCAUUUGUGAUUGACAGUUGCUGAGAAAUCAUUGACGAAAAUUUGUCCCGAAAUUCAGGCCAAAAACAAACAGUCGUCAUUUAACAGAGAGUUGACUUCUGAUUGGUACUAAAAUGACUCUUACCAUAUUGCAUACCUAAACAAAACAUAGGUAAUCAUAGAUUACUAAGCUCACCGAGACGGAGCAUCACCCUUAUGAGA